AUGGCUAUACGUUUUGGUAGAAACCCAACUGAGAUAUGCCUCAUAUUUAACGAAGUUCUGGAUUUGGUAUAUGAUGCACACCACCACCGCCUGGAGAGUUGGAAUCAGCCUUUUUUGUCACCAGAGCUGCUCCAAAAUUGUGCUGAUGCAGUACAUGACAAGGGUGCCCCAUUGGAAAACUGCUUUGGAUUUAUCGAUGCAGGCACUGUUCGCCCAAUUGCUCGACCGAAAUACUACCAGCGACAAAUGUACAAUGGUCACAAGAGGGUGCAUUCCAUAAAAUUUCAAAGUGUUGUGCUGCCUAAUGGUCUUAUUGCUAACCUUGCUGGGCCUUACGAAGGUAAAAGACACGACAGUACAAUGCUUCGUGUAUCAGGGCUUCUAGCUUCCUUACGGCAGGUUGCCUUCCACAACAACCAACCGCUUUGUCUCUAUGUGAUCCAGCUUACCCACUGGGAAUUCAUUUGCAAGCACCGUUUAGAAAUAGGGAGCUUACACCUGAAAAGUGCAAGCAAAAUUACACAAAUCAGGCCUGUCUUGGACCUUAAAGUUGACAGUUUACCAGGUAACAAUGUAUGCAAGGCCUGCUUUCUUAAAAUAUAA